AUGCUUGGAUCAAUAUUUAUAUUGGUUCUUUGUUGGGCAGAACCCAUUCUUGCUCAGUCGCAGUGGGCAAGGUGUGCUGGUGGCUACAUGGCAAUUAUGGUGAAUGCCAGUGAAACCAUCUACGCGUUGAACAAUGAUAGUAGUGUAUUUGCAUUGCCACCAGGCACGCAAUGUAAUUUUCAGAUUACGCCCAUCUCCCUCACAGUGGUAUACAUUUCGGUCACAGGAUCAAAUUUUACAAAUACUACCGUUGUAGCGUUUUACGAGGGUAAUACGGCUAACCCCAUAUAUAUAAAUAGCUCAAACCCGAUAGAGUACACGUUUCCGCCCAGUGCAGUGCCUUACCUCGUCGUGGUAAAAAGAUUACCCAAUGAACAGCCAGCUACUUUUGCUAUGAAAAUUCGUGGAGAACAA